UUGUUAGGGAAAAAAGAUCAUGUUGUCCUCAGUUGGAAUCAGAGAUAUAAGAUUGCUAUCAGUGUAGCUGAGGCACUUGAUUAUCUACAUAGCCGCAGUGCUUAGUCCAUUAUCCAUAGGGAUGUGAAAUCAUCGAACAUCCUUCUAGCCGAUGAUUUUGAGCCACAGAAUACAAAUGACCAUAUCGCUUGGGACUGGGAGUGAUGAAGUGCAAGUGCAAAAUGCAUUCCCCAUGUAUGUUCUGUUGGCAAAACUUGUUUCUGAUAUUACAGUUUCAGAGCAUUCUGCAGUUUAUCAGCUCAGGAGGACAUGCAUUCUGAAAGCUUUCUCUGAGUUUGGGAGUGGAGAUAAAAAAGAAGCAACCUUUGUUAUUCCUGAGCUUAGGAAGUUGUCAGUGGCAAUCUCACCGUCUUACUUUUUCUUCAGGGGAAGCCGCAAUUACUUCCAGUGA